AUGGGUGAGACAACAGAGAGCUCGCUCACUUCAGCAGCCUUCAAGAGCCAGGACGAGCAAUGCGGCAGUUAUUGCUUUGGAAUUUUAAGGCCCCUGAUAGAAAAUGCUUCAUCGAUGCGACCUAGAAAAGAAAAAGCGAAAAAGUUUCGAGAAAGUGAAUCACAUCAUAAUUAUUGCUUGAUCCAAGAGGAGUUUAUUAAUCAGAUUAUACACUUAGUAGCUUUCAGUAAUAAUAUUGAAAAUAAGUGGAUGGCUGAGCUAAAGAAUAAAGACUUCCAAAUAUUAAAUCAGACAGCCGAAAUUAGUUCACUUGAGAACAGGUUAACUGAAAAGGAAAAUGAAAUUAAGGCAAUCGAAAACAAGUUGAUCGCUGAUUUGAAGAACAAAGAUUCGGAAAUAUCGAAUUUGAAAUCGCAAGAAAAGGAAAACUCAGCAAUUAUUAGGAAACUCCGAAAAAAUUUGACUGAUAAGGAAAAUUAUAUCAAUAAUCUGUCUAGCUGCAUAGGUAAGGAGACAGGCAUACACGAAAUAAAACUUCCUGGAUCGAGUGCCUUUAACGUGUCCUGUGACACGUGUCUGGCUGGUUCGGGCUGGACAGUAAUUCAGCGUCGUCAAGACGGCUCUGUGGACUUCAAUCGCACAAUGCGAGAUUAUCGCAAGGGCUUCGGCUCAUUGGACGGAGAGUUCUUUAUAGGUCUUGAGAAGCUGCAUUUAUUGACGAUAUCACGAAAACACGAAUUGUACAUUUACAUGAAGAAGUUUAACGAUGACGUUCGAUAUGCGAGAUAUAGUCACUUCUUCAUUAAGGGAGAGGAGGAUAGUUUUAAAAUAAAAUCAUUGGGAAACUAUACUGGAGACGCAGGCAAUGCAAUGGCGGACAAUCUGUAUAAGAAAUUUACGACCAUUGAUGAAGAUCACGAUAAUUGGUUCACUGGCAAUUGCGCAGAUUUCUAUGCAGCUGGUUGGUGGUUUCACAACUGCGGUGACAGCCGUCUAAAUGGAAAAUACCAAACAGCGGAUCUUGCUGCAAAGGUUAGAGGUAUUAAUUGGAGAACAUGGACACUGGACUCCCUGAAGUUUGUGCAAAUGAUGAUCAGGCCAGUCGAGUAA